GGCCCUGCCCGGGGGUGGGGGAACCUCCUCGCUGAGGACCGCCCCCUUCGCCUCCCCUCCCCUCCCCUCCGGCGCGGCACCCCGGCCCCGGCGGGGACUAUGCGGAGAUGGUCGUCCCGACCCGAGGCAGGAACAAAGAGUCGCCGCCGCUCAAGCCCGGGCAACAGCAGCACCAGUCGCCGGGCGCCAGCCCCAGGAGCGGCCGCGGGCGCCCGCCGUACUCGCCCGGCAGGCAGCUCCCCGGCGGGGCCCGCGCCAUGCGGAAGGGAGGCGGCGGCCGGCGGGGAGCCAGGAGCGACCCCCAGAGAACCUGCAGGGAGGGGCCCGCGGCUGAGGGGGAGCGGGACGUGCUGGGCCGCGCCCCCCUGAGGCUCCUGCGCGUCUGCAGAGACCGGCUCCGAGUAUUUGUUGAUGACAGAAAGGCCUUCAUUGUAAAAGCUGAUAGCAAGAUAUGGCUCACUUUCCUUCUGGCCGCUUUUGCAGGAGUCCUACAUUGGUGUCACAUAACAACUCUUUUUGAAAAUGACCGUCAUUUUUCUCACCUGUCAACGCUAGAAAGAGAAAUGGCUUUUCGCACGGAAAUGGGUCUUUAUUAUUCCUACUUCAAGAUCAUUAUUGAGGCACCAUCGUUUUGGAAUGGAGUAUGGGCAAUUAUGAAUGACAGACUAACUGAAUAUCCUUUAGUGAUUAACACCUUACAAAGGUUCAAUCUUUACCCAGAGGUGGUCCUCGCCAGCUGGUACCGCAUAUAUACUGCUAUUAUGGAUUUCCUUGGUGUACCGACGAAGACAUGUUGGACUGUAAACAGAGGAAAAGGACUUAGUCCUGUUGAAAGUUGCGAGGGGUUGGGAGACCCUGCUUCCUUUUAUGUUGCUGUGAUUUUUCUUUUGAAUGGAUUAAUGAUGUCACUGUUCUUCAUAUACGGUACAUACCUCAGUGGGAGCCGUCUAGGAGGCCUUGUUACCGUGAUUUGUUUCUUUUUCAACCAUGGAGAGUGCACUCGCGUCAUGUGGACUCCACCUCUUCGUGAAAGUUUCUCAUACCCAUUCCUUGUGCUUCAGAUGUUGCUUUUGACCUAUAUUCUCAGGAUUCCGAAUAUUAAUACAGGAAGCUUGAUUGCACUGUGUGUUUCUAAUAUCUUUUUCAUGCUUCCCUGGCAGUUUGCUCAGUUUGUUCUUCUAACACAGAUAGCUUCAUUAUUUGCUGUGUGUAUUAUGGGUUAUAUUGACUCCUGCAAAUUACAGAAGAUACUCUCUGCUCAUAUGGUAUCUCUUGUAGUGUGUUUUAUUCUGAUGUUUGGUAAUUCAAUGUUGUUGACAUCAUAUUAUGCUGCAUCUUUAGUAGUUAUCUGGGGAAUUCUUGAAUUGAGUCCAAAAGUCUUGAAAAGCAGCAGAAGGGAAGUCUAUAUAUGGGUCAUUGAAGGAUGUGCCUGGUUAUUUGGGACAGUCACCUUGAAAUACCUAACUUCUUUAGCAUUUGGAAUAGCUGAUGAUGCCCAUAUAGGAAAUAUAUUAAAAUCUAAAUUUAUUGGCUACAAGGAUUUUGAUACAUUAAUGUAUACCUGUGCUGCAGAGUUUGACUUCAUGGAAAAAGAGACUCCAGUAAGAUACACAAAGACUCUGCUAUUACCAGUUGUUCUGGUGGUUUUUGGGGUAAUCAUCAAAAGAGCGAUUAAAUAUCUUAUGUGGGUAUUAUCUAAGGCGGGCCAAUAUGAAAGAGAGGAACAUUUUAACCAUGGUGAGCUGGUAUACCAUGCAUUGCAGCUGUUGGCGUACAGUGUCCUAGCGAUUUUAAUCAUGAGACUAAAACUGUUUUUGACACCACAUCUAUGUGUUAUGGCUUCCUUGGUUUGUUCAAAACAGUUGUUUGGAUGGCUCUUCUGUAAAAUCCAGCCCAAAACGUUGGUCUUUGCUAUUUUAGCAUUGAUGGCAAUAGAGGGAUCAGCAAACCUUCAAACUCAGUGGAACAUCAUGGGAGAAUUUAGUAAUUUGCCACAGGAGGAACUUUUAGAGUGGAUAAAAGUCAAUACCAGACAAGAUGCGGUUUUUGCAGGAGCAAUGCCUACAAUGGCAAGUGUUAAAUUGUCUACACUUCGCCCUAUUGUAAAUCAUCCUCACUAUGAAGAUGCAGGAUUAAGGGCCAGAACUAAAGUAGUGUAUUCCAUGUACAGUCGAAAACCUGCAAAAGAAGUAAAAAGAGAACUGAUAAAACUAGGAGUGAAUUACUACAUUCUGGAAGAGUCAUUGUGUGUAAGCAGAAAAAAGCCUGGUUGCAGUAUGCCUGAAAUUUGGGAUGUCGAAGAUCCUGCUAAUAGCGGCAAAAUUCCUUUAUGUACCCUUAUGAGCAAGGAUUCCAGGCCAUAUUUCAUCACAGUAUUUGAAAACAGCAAUUACAGAGUCUUGAAGAUUCCAAAGGAAUAACAUUUCAGUGCAAAGAACCAUCAGUCUUUCAACUUUUUAAACUAGUAACUAUAAGAAUUCUAAAUCAGAAAUACCUUUUCUA